CUUCUUUAGGUCGACAGACGCUGCCUUGGAAACGACAUAAAUCCAGUGCACGCAGCUGGCUCUUUAGCAGGGACCUACAUCCCCCCCACACUUCAAAGGCUUCCGCCCCUCUGGUACCCUCCUCUUCCUCCUCCACCUCUUCUCCAUCCAUUCCUCCGUUCAUCUCCAGAUCUCUGCGAGCAUGGAUGAUCCGAAAUGAAGGCGAGGAGGCGCAGCAAGGGAGCAUCGAAAUAACCGAGACAGGAGGAGACGGGAGGUGCCGCAGCCAGGCGUAGAGCAGAAUGCCGCUGGUGAAGAGGAACAUCGAACCUCGGCACUUGUGCCGUGGGGCCCUGCCAGAUGGGGUGACCAGUGAACUGGAGUGCGUCACCAACAGCACACUGGCGGCCAUCAUCAAACAGCUGGGCAGCCUGAGUCGCCAUGCUGAAGACAUUUUUGGAGAACUGUUCAAUGAAGCCAACAGCUUCUACCUGCGGAUGAGCAGCCUGCAGGAGAGAGUGGACCUGCUGGCCGUGAAAGUCACUCAGCUCGACUCCACUGUGGAGGAAGUCUCCCUGCAGGACAUCAAUAUGAGAAAAGCUUUUAAGAGCAGUACCAUUCAAGACCAGCAGGUGGUUUCCAGGACUUCUGUUCCCAACCCUGUGGUGGAGAUGUAUCACCGCUGUGACAAGCCUCCACCGCUCAACAUCCUCAGCCCUUAUAGGGAUGACAAGAAGGAUGCGCUGAAGUUCUACACCGAUCCGUCCUACUUCUUCAACCUGUGGAAGGAGAAAAUGCUGCAGGCCACUGAAGACAAACGCAAAGAGAAGAGGAGACAGAAGGGCUGUCCGGCCCACCCUGACAGGCCCCACUCCCGACAGGCCCCACCCAGGAGCCCCCUGUCCAUCUCUGAGCAGCAGAGGCAGGUGGAAGACCAAAGCAGAGAGGUCAAGAAGGUGCGUAAGGCUCGUAACAGGCGUCAGGAAUGGAACGUCCUCGCCUACGACAAAGAGUUCAGACCUGAUGCCAGGCUCACCCCCUCCCCUUACCACGGCAUGUCCUCUGAAGGAUCCCUGUCCCCAGACAGCAGAUCAAUGGCGUCCGAUUCCUACCCAGCAAGUCCUAACCACCCGGUUAGCCAGGCCCCGAGCGCCCCCCAUCCCACUGACCACCAUGCCAGGGAUCACCUAGCCACCCCCCAGACACAGUCGCUUGACCGUGUCCUGAGGCCUGCCAACCAGCCCCCCGGAGCUGCGGGAGCCGGACCUCCAGGUCGACAUGUCGCCUCACUAGGCAGGACCCCAUCAGCACAUGGCGUCCAGGCUGGAGGAGAUCCAACAGUCAAUGGCCCGAGGCAGCAGUCGAUCAAGGACUACCGAGCUGGGCACGGUGGGCAGCCUUCCACCAUCCCAGAGUACUACAUUCCCCCGGCCCCUCCCCCACCCCCACCCACCAUCCCUUCCGCCCAGACCGCCUUCGACUCCGCCACCGCUCCGACGUCCGCUGGCACCACCACCGUCCCCCCCACCUCUUCUGCCCUCUCCUGCCACUACUCCCCCUCUCCUCCUCCUCCCCCGGCCAACUACGUUCCCUCACCCGCCCACCCACCUUCAGGCGCACCCCCAGCCGCCCCUCCACCCCCACCCCCCGGAGUCCCAGCGGGACACCAGGCUCACCCUUCCCCUGCGCACACUGCCGUUGGCCAAGCAGCCGUGGAUUCGGCACCGACCAGGAAGUCCACCAUGCUGGGGAUGAUCCCAAUGAGCGACGCCCGCUCCGACCUGCUGGCCGCCAUACGUAGAGGCAUCCAGCUGAGGAAGGUGCAGGAGCAGAGGGAGCAAGAGGCCAAGCGGGAGCCUGUUGGCAACGACGUGGCCACCAUCCUGUCGCGUCGCAUCGCGGUGGAGUACAGCGAAUCCGACGACGACUCAGAGUUGGAUGAGAACGAGUGGUCUGACUAAAAAAUGAAAGAAGAAAAAAAUUAGAUGGGAGGCUGGACUGGUAGUGCUUACAGAGACCAUUAAGGGAGACAAAUGUUCCAUCGAGUUUGUAAUGAAGGGACCAGAUUUGAAGGUUUGCAUCGUAACUAAGAGGUUAAAUAGAUGAACCAUUUGUUUACACAAAUUGCUGGGUGCGGCUUGCGGAAGGCCGAGCAACGGGUUGAUAUUUUCAGCAUGCAUGGUUGCCCCUCACAACGCCUCUUCUUGAACUUUAGAGGCUUUUGUGUCAGACCACCUGUGGUGUGAGGCACAACAAACACACCUUCCAUCUCUGCAGCCUACCGCUCAUUUUUAACCACAAACACG